AUGUGCACUUCUGCUGUCGUUGGCCUUUUUUCGCCGAUUGCAGUGGUGGGAAAUGCUUUGGUUUUGACAGCGAUCUUGAGAAAACCUUCUCUCAAAACACCAUCUAACAUUCUCCUGGCGGGAUUGGCUUUCACCGAUUUUGGAACGGGACUUAUCAGUCAGCCUUUAUAUGUUAUAAAUGUACAUAUGGGUAUGGUGUUCAACGUUGUCCUCUUGGAUACGACCACUUGGCCCACGGAGUAUUUAGUUUUGAAAAUAAUUGGUGAUGGCUUAUGUACCUACUUUUUCUUACUAAGUAUUCUGACAAUAACAGUCAUGUCCAUUGAACGAUGGCUGCACAUGUCUCGUCGAUCUUUAGUUACAAUGCGUCGUGUCUGCAUAGCAAUUAUUGUGUUGCUACCCAUACCUAUUCCACUAGUGGUUUAUCAGGUACGAUAUCAGUAUACCAUUGCAGUAAACAUUACAAGUAUGUUAUCAUUGCUCUUUUGCCUGACUGUAACCUCAGUUGCUUACUUCAAAGCUUUUCGAAUAAUUCGCGAACAUCAGCAACAAAUUCACGCCAGCGAAAUAUCUCGAGGAGCUGCUCAACCAAUAAUUAACAUUGCCAAGUACAAGAAAUCUGUAAAAACUAUACUCUAUAUUCUUGCUAUUUUCUAUACUGGUUACUUUUCUGUCACCAUUUCCAUGGGGCUAAUGAUGGUUUUCAAAUACAAUGACGUUAGUUUAUUGGUAUUCAACAUGUCAGUUGUACUGGCAUUUUUGUCUUCUUCAUUAAACCCUGCUCUUUACUUGUGGAGAAUGAAAGAAAUCCGUGAUGAAGUUAAACGGCUUGUUAAUAAAAUAUUAUGUUAAAACAACGAAAUAUAAAACAGGAAACAAAAGAUCCAGGCACAAAGUGGCAGUGAAAAUGCCCAUCAACCACAUCAACACAUCGCCCAGAAUGCCGCGACACAUCAGGCAAUUUUCCGGCUCUCACGCGCGCUAAAGUUGACAGAACUAGUCAGCAAAAUUUGGAAAUUUAACGUCUUCAGGAAAAAGGUUAAGUUUACUAGUUAGCGUUCCAGUAUGGCUUUUGGAUUCGUCCUGUUGAAUCGGACGCAUGCCCCGGCCUCUUAAACUGAACCUUAAUCGGCUGAGGAGACUAGUAGGAACAGUAGCAGGUCGCAAUACACAAGCAAAGUGACAAACAGAAUUUCACAUUCACGUACGUUAAGGGAGCCUGUGUCAUGAAAUUUAUCAAGUGAAUUCAAACAGUGAGAACUGCCAUCAAAUUAACUGAAACAGAAAAAUAAGUUCACUCACUUGGAGAGUUUUACAAAGCUAAGUUCCUCGAUCUACACAAAUCUGCAUAUCAUGCUCAGCCUUAUUCAGUAAUUACCCAUUGGUACGUAUAAUUGAAUGUCAAAAACCUACCAAGAAGUUUUUAAUUAUUACACAUCCAACGCUGCCUUUUCUCCUAUUAUUUAGAUGAGGCAAUAAUGUAGGCUACUUAUAAUGCGGAGAAAAAUCGCUUCUACAGUAGUGGGCCGUGAAUGCCAAUAGGAAAUUUGUCACGAGGCACGUUACACACCGAAUAGGCGACCCCCGACGCCAGCUCUGGUAAACUAAAAUAAACGGAAAACUAGAGGGAAAGAGACAUUUCAAUAUAGAGUAAACGACAAAUGAUUCAGAUAUGCAAAAUUGACCACAGAAGACGCACCCACUAAAUGAAAACUGAAACCGUUCUACAAGAAUUGAUUGUUAAAGUCGAGAACCCGUGGGUCGCGAUCGGUGGUGGAAGAAGGUAGUGGGAAAGACUUUUCUUUAGCUUUGCAGGUUUCAAUAAAGAAGUCUAGAAGGACGAAAAAAGCGAGAGUUUCAUCUUUUGAACUCAUACCAAAACUGCCUUAUAAUAUUAUUGGUCAAACUUUGCACCUGGUACAAUUGUCACAACGCGUUAUAUUUUUUUCAAAACGUGUCUAGACAAAGAUCUACCGAUCUCAAAUCACCGGAGGCUAAGCCUCGCAAAUACUCCGAAGAAGAAAACCACUCCCACGACANAGCUCUGGUAAACUAAAAUAAACGGAAAACUAGAGGGAAAGAGACAUUUCAAUAUAGAGUAAACGACAAAUGAUUCAGAUAUGCAAAAUUGACCACAGAAGACGCACCCACUAAAUGAAAACUGAAACCGUUCUACAAGAAUUGAUUGUUAAAGUCGAGAACCCGUGGGUCGCGAUCGGUGGUGGAAGAAGGUAGUGGGAAAGACUUUUCUUUAGCUUUGCAGGUUUCAAUAAAGAAGUCUAGAAGGACGAAAAAAGCGAGAGUUUCAUCUUUUGAACUCAUACCAAAACUGCCUUAUGAUAUUAUUGGUCAAACUUUGCACCUGGUACAAUUGUCACAACGCGUUAUAUUUUUUUCAAAACGUGUCUAGACAAAGAUCUACCGAUCUCAAAUCACCGGAGGCUAAGCCUCGCAAAUACUCCGAAGAAGAAAACCACUCCCACGACAGCAGGCGUGCCGACGGGAAAAUUGAUCGAAAGCCGGUCUGAAUAGGAAAUGGAAUGAAUGAAUGAAUGAAAUGAAUGGGAAACUACUGAUCGUUUUUUUUAAGGCGUCGCAGUGUUUGCUUUAAACUAAACAGAAUUUGUAUCAAAACAAGGUGUCAGUAUGAAGUCAGUUAGUUAAAAAAUGAAAAGAAAAAACGACGUAGAAAACAGCACAAUGUAACAUUUAGUAUCUUCGCUAUCAUAUUCAACAUCAUGGUGACCUUUUGCACAAAUAAGCAUGAAUUCGAAUGUUUGAUGAGAAAAUUUCACUUUUUUUGUUAAAGCGAACUCAGCGAAAACUUAAGUAACCGAACAGUGAAAGAAGAUAACAUAAUGUCCUACACCGCUGCUGAAUUUACAGAAAAGUAUGACAUAUAUUUCAUUUGUACUUCAAUCAUUGCUGCCGUCUUAACCCCAGUUGCAGUCGUCGGAAAUGCGCUUGUUUUGACGGCAAUUUUGAGGAAUCCACCUACUAACAUACUCUUGGCUACAAUGGCUUUUACUGACUUUGGAACUGGGAUUAUAACUCAGCCCUUUUACGUUGUGCUUAACUUCCGCACUGAGAAAGAUGAUUUUAAAUUGAUCGAUAUGACGACCUAGCCUCGAAUAUAUUCAAUAUUAAAACAAAUGGUUGAUGGCCUUGGUAACUAUCUUGUUAUACUCACGGUUUUAACGAUAACAACCAUGUCAAUUGAACGAUGGUUACACAUGUCUUAUUGAUCUCUGGUUACAGUGCGUCGAGCUUACAUUGCUGUUGUACUGCUAUUACCUCUACCGAUUCCACUAGCAGUGUGCCGUGCACUUUAUCCGUUUAACAUUGUAGUGAAUGUUGCAAGUGCUUUCUUCUUGCUGUUUUGCCUUCUUAUAACCUCAGUGGCUUACUUUAAAGUUUUUCGAAUAAUUCGCGCACAUCAGCAACAAAUCCACUCGAGCGAAUUGGCCCAAAACGGUGCUCGACCAGCAAUCCACAUGGCCAAGUACAGAAAAUCUGUCUUCACCAUUCUCUAUAUUGUUGCCAUAUUCAUUAUUUGCUUCUUGCCCAUGGCCAUUUUUUCCUCGGUUUUAAUGCCAGUUCUCUUAUAUAAAAAAGAAAUGGUGACAUUAUACAACGCCUCAGUAAUUUGGUUAUUUAUUUCUUCCUCGCUUAAUCCUAGCCAUUAUUUGUGGAGAAUGACAUGCACGUAUCCGAAAGUUGUACGACUACUUAGAGCAAUGUCUUGUAAACCCAAGGAAUAUUAAAUUAAAACUGUACAUUUAGCAUAAAUCUUGUAUGGAGCAUAUGCACUUUCCAAAAAGGCAAAGUGACUUAGGAAAUAUUCAUCUCUGACAAAGAUUUAUUUGAGCCCAUUAAUAUUUCAUGGUCACCCAAUUUUGACGAUGGCACUUUCACUGACAAACCUACAUCGAAAACUCACCUCGACACGGCCUGUAAGUAUCUUCAUUGGAGCACCUAAUUUUUAUCAUUUUUGCUUCUAGCUGUUAAUUAAGUUAUUGGAAAAAUUUGAGCGAUGACUUUUUCCUCACACAGACUAUUUCCACAAUAGUGCUGCAGACUGAAUGUAAACAAGUGGUGUCUCCCCAUUUGUUUUGAUUAAGUCUUGUUGUUUACGAAAAUACUUAAACUUCCAGGGUUUAUGAAAACCAAUAAAUCACCGACAACAAAAGGACAUAGAGAUCAAAAGAAGUUCAGGUCUGUUUGUUCAACGAAAGGUUUAUCAUCUGCACGUCACCCAUUGUUUCCUUUACCACUGAGAUCAAAUGCAACUGCGCCAUGAAAGAACACAUUUUCUUGUUCCUUGUAGAAAGAACCAAAGGAGAAAAAAAUAACACCGCCCGAGGACAACUUCAACAAUGCUUUUUUUCCAAAAACAAUCUAGACUCUUCUUUCGAUUUCUUAAUACUUCACUCUGGUGAUAAAGCAAAAAAGAAAAUAAGGUACAAUAACUUACAAGGUCCUUACAGCAACCUUAAAUAACACCUCAGAACUUUUUAAUUUAUAAAGUCACUCAUUGUCGUUUUUUUAAAGGUGGACCAGUGACAGUUCGCUUCUGUUUAAAUUAAUUACUAUCUGCAUACGUUCCGACGUGAUCAUAGUACGAAACAAAAAAACAAAUAUAAAAAAAGUACUCCUAAAAAAAACGAAUGUUCAAAACAAAGUUUAAAUUAAAAUGACGUUUCUAAUAUUGAGGAUGGAAGAUCAUUGGAUAGCAUCUCUUAAGUUGGGAGUUAUUCGCUUGAAACAGAAUUUACAUCUCACCAAGGAGCUAAUGAUUGGUUGAUAAAAAGAAAGGGAAUUACCGUAAAAACCUGAAAAAAAGAAGUUUGCAGAAACAAGACAAAGUUACAAUAUGAAUGACUUCGGAAUCACCAGCAUCAUGUAAGAAGACAAGAUGGAGAACAACUUCUGAACCCUUCAGUAGAAUCAAAGUUUACAUUUAUUUGUUGUUUGACGGCAUUGAGCGAAUUGGUUACACCAAAGUGGGAAAAAUAUAGCAUAGUAUCCUACACCUUUGCUACAAUGACCGAACUCUAUGGCCCAUUACUGCUUUGCAUUUCAAUCAUAGUCCUCGUUUUGUCGCCGGCUGCGGUGGUCGGAAAUGCUCUGGUGUUAACUGCAAUUUUGAAGAAUUCGUCUCUCAGAACACCUUCUUACAUUCUCCUGGCUGGAUUGGCUUUUACUGACUUUGGAACAGGACUUAUUAGUCAGCCCCUUUACGUAAUAAAUGCAAAUGCCUUUAGCAAAGUGGGGAAAGAUUUUAAUACGUUCAAUCGGAGUUCCUCGCCUCGAACUUAUUCAGCAUUAAGAAUGAUGGGCAGUGGUAUUGGCUCCUACUUUGGUGCCCUCACAAUGUUAAUAAUAACAGUCAUGUCAAUUGAGCGAUGGCUACACAUGUCUCGUCGAUCCCUAGUCACAGUGCGUCGUACGUAUAUCGCCACUGCGGUGUUAUUGCUUUUACCUAUUCCGUUUGCAGUGUGCCGUGUACUACUCAGUAAUCCAUCUAACAUUGCAGUGAAUGUUGCAAGUUCUACAUCGUUUAUAUUUUGCCUUGUUAUAACCCCAGUUGCUUACUUCAAAGUUUUCCAAAUAAUUCGCGCACAUCAGCAACAAAUCCACUCAAGCGAAUUUUCCCAAAAUGCUGCUCAACCAGCAAUGCACAUGGCCAAGUACAAGAAAUCCGUCUUCACUAUUCUCUACAUCCUAGCGAUAUUCCUUAUUUGCUACCUGCCCAUGGCCAUUACUUUUGGAUUAAUCCCAGUUCUAAACUAUGAGAAAGAGACGGUGCCUCUUUUACACUUCUCAUUUUUGCUGGUAUUUAUGUCGUCCUCGUUGAAUCCUGCUCUUUAUUUAUGGAGAAUGAAAGACAUUCGAAAUGAAGUGGCACGACUAAUCAAAGCAGUAUUAUGUAAGCAAAACGAAAAUUAA